ACACCGAAGCAGGUGUUUGGAUUUAUGGUAAAAAAUUCCGAUGAUGUCACACCACUGGUAUUUGCUGCUUUUUCGAUUGGUUGUCUACCAGGUAUGUGUAAUACUUCAGAGGGAUAUCGUUUCGAUCUACCAAAGGAGUCAACCAGUUGCCGUGUUUUGUGAUAUUGACUUCUAUGAUUUAGUCAAUGAAAGUCUCAAAGAGGUUGGAAUUAAUGCACAAAUUUUUACAUUGAAUGGUGCUAAAGGUGACUCAGAAACGGUCGAAAAUCUCUUUGAGAAAAUAGGGACGGAGGACAGUUUUAUACCCAUCCAGGCCGAUGGAGUCAAUGAUGCUGCUAUAAAAAUGUGUUCAUCUGGUACAACAAGUCCAUCCAAAGGUAGAACUUAUUUAAAACUUUUAUUUCACCAUCAAACUUCAACUGAUAGGCGCCGUCAGGGUGCCUUUUGCAGCUUUGAACGAAUACAAUUCUUAUUUGACAAAUGGGUGUGCAGUGAAUGUUUAUGGAUUGUCUGAAUUUGGAUUUGUAACGAAUGAUUUUCCAAAAAGCGGCAAAGACACGAUUGGUUAGUUAGCAAACGGUUUGGUUUUAAAAAUCAUUGAUGAAAAUGGCAAUCGCUGUGGUAUUGACACAGACGGUGAGCUCUGCCUUAAAAGUUUGUAAAAAUUUAUUGGCUAUCAUGGAUGUGAAGAGUUGACGAAAGUGUCCAUUGACGAUGAGGAUUUUUUUGAACUGGAGACAUUAGUCAUGUGGACAAAGAUGGACACAUAUUUAUCGUUGAUAGAGAAAAAGAUAUUUUGAAAUACUGCAGUCGAAAAUUUUCAUCACCCGACGUUGAAAGUUUACUGAUUACAU